CACAUAUGAACAUGAAUGCCCAGACACAGAAGAGAAACAUGGAAAAAAACAAGGACACUCUGAUUCAGUCCAGAUGAAAAAUGACCAGACUGGAGUCAGCCAGGAUAUAAAUGCUGAAACAUGUGCAAGUGUAUAUGCUCCUUUAUUGGCUCGAAACAUCAUCAGUGGAACAAUAAACUUUUAUGGCUCAAAUCCUGCAGGAAAUGAGACAGCAGAGGAACAGAGAGAAUAUCAAGUUUUGAGGCUGCAAAAAUUCUUGGAAACUCACAAAACCAACAUGAAGAAGAAAGUAGAACGUAUUUUUGAGUGCAAGAAAGAAAAUGAAGCAUGUCUCGAGGCUGUUUACACAGAACUGUUCAUCACAGAGGGAGAUAUGAAAGAUGUCAAUCAGGAACAUGAGUUUCUGAAAAAUGAUCAUGCUCUAAAGACCCAGGAAUCACAGGACAGACCAAUCAACUGCAAUGCUAUAUUUACACUAUUAAGGAGAAAAAAUGAGAAAAAGAUUGUGUUGACUAAGGGCAUUGCUGGCAUUGGAAAAACUGUGUCUGUUCAUAAGUUCAUCAUGGACUGGGCAGAAGGAAAAGCCAAUCAGGAUAUAGACUGUGUGUUCAUGCUUCCAUUCCGAGAGAUUAACAGCAUUAAAGACAGAGAGGUCAAUCUCCAUGAGUUCUUACAAGUAUUUUAUAAAGAAUUGAAGGACCUGGCGAAAUCAAAGUUAUAUACGGAAUCUAAACUUGCAUUUAUAUUUGAUGGACUUGAUGAGAGUCGACUACCUUUGAAUUUUGAAAGCGGAAUAUUGAACAGUGUUCAGGAAAGAUCAUCUGUAGAUGUGCUGUUUACGAGUCUGGUCAAAGGGAAUCUGCUUCCAUCAGCUCUUGUCUGGGUGACCUCACGCCCAGCAGCAGCCAAUCAGAUCCAUCCUCAGUAUGUAGGUUUGUUCACAGAGGUGCGAGGAUUCACUGACCAACAGAAGGAGGAGUACUUCAGAAAGAGAAUCACAGAUGAGACUCAAGCCUCCAGAAUCAUCUCACACAUUAAGACGUCUCGUAGUCUCUACAUCAUGUGCCACAUUCCUGUGUUCUGCUGGAUCACAGCCACAGUACUUCAGAGUAUUCCCAUUGAGAACAAUACAGAGAACAUCAGCACAACCCUCACUGAAAUGUACAUUCACUUCCUGCUGAUACAGAUGAACAUGAAGAACCAGAAGUAUGAUGAACAAGAAGAAAGACAACGUACAAAGCAUUUACAAUCAAAUAGCAAAAUGAUUUUGAAGUUAGCCAAGCUGGCGUUUGAACAGCUGAAGGAGAAACACAUUGUGUUCUAUGAGGAAGAUCUGGAAAAAUGUGAUAUUGAGGUGAAUGUUGCCACUGAGUUCACAGGAAUGAUUGCUGAGAUCUUUAAGAAGGAAAAUGGACUUCAUGAGAUAAAGGUCUUCUGCUUUGUGCAUCUGAGUGUUCAAGAGUUCCUCGCUGCAGUGCAUGUUAUCAUCUGUUACAUGAACAAGAAGAUGCAGGAGUUUCAGUUUUUCUUUGAUGAGCCAAAACAAAAUGUCACUUUGCAGGAGCUACUACAGAAGGCUGUUGAUGAAGCCAUAAAGAGUGAGAGCGGACAUCUGGACCUGUUCCUACGGUUUCUGAUGGGCCUUUCACUGAAAUCUAACCAAGCCCUGCUCAAAGGCCUGAUCAACCACACUGAAGACACCACAGAAAGCAUUACACAAACAGCUGAAUACAUUAAACGAGUCCAAAACGAAUACAGUAUCUCAGAUGAAACUUCAGUCAACCUAUUUUUCUGCUUACUUGAGCUGAAGGAUAAUUCGUUAUAUGAGGAAAUCCAGAGUUACCUUAAAUCAGAUGAACAUCCGCGAAGAAAACUCUCAUCUUCGAUGUGCACAGUGCUAACCUACAUACUGCUGAUGUCAGAGAAGGUGCUGGAUGAGUUCAACCCAAAGAGGUUCACAUCAUCACAAGCAGACUACAAGAGACUCCUUCCAGCUGUGAGAUGCUGCAGAAAAGCCCUAGCUGGACCUGAGUAGCAAUCACCUGCAGGAUUCAGGAGUGAAGCUGCUUUAUGAAGGACUGAAGAGUUCACACUGUCACCUGAACAU